CUUCUGAUGCUCAUGGACAGCCCCCUGAAUCGGGCUGGUCUCCUGCAGGUUUAUAUCCAUACCCAGAAGAAUGUCCUAAUAGAAGUCAAUCCCCAAACCAGAAUCCCAAGAACUUUUGAUCGAUUCUGUGGUCUUAUGGUUCAGCUGUUGCAUAAGCUCAGCGUUCGAGCAGCUGAUGGGCCUCAGAAACUUUUGAAGGUGAUUAAAAAUCCAGUCAGUGAUCAUCUCCCUGUGGGCUGUAUGAAGAUAGGUACCUCUUUUGCAGUUCCAAAGGUAUCAGAUCCGCGUGAACUGGUUCCUACAUCAGAGUCAGUUGCUAUUGUUGUGGGAGCUUUUGCCCAUGGUUCGGUCAACGUUGACUAUACAGAAAAGAUGGUCUCCAUCAGCAACUAUCCCCUCUCUGCUGCCCUGACAUGUGCUAAAAUUACUACUGCCUUUGAGGAAGUCUGGGGAGUAGUAUGACUUUCUGCUACUACUGCUGUCAUGGUAGAUUCCUAUACAGUGACUCCGCAUUCUGGAGAGGCUCUUAUACUUAGGUGUGGACCUGGUGCGGCUUUGGGCUCCUUGAAGGGAAAAGGCUUCUGGAGCAAUGAGACUUUAAAUGGAUUGCCCUACCGACCUUUUUUCUUCCUAUUAAAGGUCACGUUUGGUAAG